AUGUCUAAAGUUGAUGGAAAAAAAUCUAAGAAGAAACCUACUCAGAUACUUACUACAAAUAAUUCAGAAACUCAAAAAAGAUAUUCUUUAUGGAAUUUUUGGAUUUGUUCUUUAUUUUUAAAACUUUUAUUAAUGCCAGAUUAUUUUAGUACCGACUUUGAUGUACAUCGUAAUUGGCUGGCUAUUACACAUAAACUUUCUUUGAGAGAGUGGUACUAUGAAAAAACAAGUCAAUGGACUUUAGAUUAUCCACCUUUUUUUGCUUAUUUUGAAUGGGUAUUAUCUCAAUUUGUACCCCAAAUUGUACGUAAAGAUGGUUGUUUAGAUAUUGUAGAAGUCGGUCAGUUUAGUUGGCCUACUAUCGUUUUCCAAAGGUUAACUGUUAUAAUUACAGAAGGUUUAUUAUUUAUCGUCUUGCAAAUUUUUAUAAAUACUAGCAAAUCAUUUGAGAAAACGCAAAGUUUUAUAGUAGCUUCUAGCAUUGUAUUAUCUCCAGGAUUUUUAAUUGUUGACCAUAUUCAUUUCCAAUAUAAUGGCUUUCUUUUUUCAAUAUUAGUUGCUUCUAUUGUUGCUGCAAGAAAUCAAAGAUAUCUGCUAUGUGCUCUUUUUUAUUCAAUUUCUUUGUGUUUUAAACAUAUUUUCUUAUAUUUGGCACCAUGUUAUUUUGUCUUCUUAUUAAGGGUAUAUGUUUUGCAAUUUGAUGGUUUUAAAUUUAGAUCAUAUAAAGACCUUUUCUUUAUUAUCAAUUGGAAACAUUUAUUCCAAUUGGGAAGCGUUGUAAUUGCUACUUUCACCUUAUGUUUUGCUCCCUUUAUUCUAGAUAUGCCACAAGUGAUUAGCAGAUUGUUUCCAUUCUCUAGAGGAUUGACACACGCUUAUUGGGCUCCAAACUUCUGGGCCAUUUAUUCCUUUUUAGAUAAAGUACUAACUAUAGCUGUCCUUAAAGCACCAUGGAUUUUGGCUAUGGUAAAAAAAUUCACAAAUUCCAGUUUCUUGCCUUCUUCUAUCGAAUCCAUCAAACUUUCAAUGAAAGAAAAUAAUACUGGUAGCAAAGGUUUAGUACAAGAUGUUAUAUUUACUAUUCUUCCUCAAAUUACACCAAAGUUAACUUUUCUAUUAACUUUACUAUAUCAAAUACUAGCUGUGAUUCCACUAUUAUUCGAUCCAUCUUAUAAACGAUUUGUUGGCUCACUAACUUUAUGUGGAUUAGCAUCAUUUUUGUUUGGCUGGCAUGUCCAUGAAAAAGCCAUCAUGUUAGUGAUUAUCCCGUUCUCAUUUUUAGUUAUUUUUGAUAAGAGACUUUUAAUUCCAUUUAUGUUGGUUACAUCCGCUGGAUACGUGUCUUUGUUCCCAUUAUUAUACAAAAAUGCAGAUUUUUUGAUUAAAUGUCUUUACACUUAUAUUUGGUGUAUUGUUUACUUCUUUGCUAUUAGAAAGACAACAAAGGUAUCUACUAGUGUGGAGAGACGUGUCUUCUUUUUAGAUAGAAUAUCGAUCACAUAUGUAUGUUCUUUAUUUCCCGUAGUAAUAAUUUUACAAUUAUUGGAUUUAUUGAAGUGGAAAUAUCCAAUUAUUGAAAAGUUUGAGUUCUUAAAUUUAAUGAUUUACAGUUUUUAUUGUUCUUUGGGUAUAAUUAGCUCAUGGAUUGGGCUAUCAUGGUUGUAUAACUUUGAUGAACCUCUAUGGGUACAGAGUUCUUAG